AUGGCAGCUCCAGCUGAUUAUUCGGUUGACCCCUCAACUAACCCGGCUUCUUGGCCGACCCCGCAUCAAACUGUCGAGCAGGCAAAUAUUAGCAAAGUUAAUGUUGACUUCAUUAACACAAACACGAUCGGCGACUCGGACUUUCACAGCCUGCGCAUCGGCGCCGAGGGACACGUUCCUCUCUUGCGGCAGGUGAAUAGGCACGUGACUCGUGGUCUUUAUCAACUGAUCAGCCUCAAUAUUACGGAGUACUCGUGCGUGAUGGUUGUGUCGACGGUGAAGACGCGGAACGAACUAUUGGAAGAGGGCUUUCCAUGGGACAACCAAGACCCUCAGCUUGAAGCAGCGCCAGAAUCGAUUCUAAUGACCACUCCAGUGCUCUACCAUGUCAACCUGUCGACCCAUUGCGACCCGAUUAGAUGGCCGAACGGGACCACAGGGUACAUCGACAUUAGCAAGGUUGACAUAAUCUACGUUAACGUGAACGGCGAUUCGGACUUCUACAUGCUACGCACUGGCACCAAUGAACACGUUCACCAUGUCGUCACGCAGGUGACUAAACACCUGGCUCGUGGUAUCUACCAUUUAAUCAGUCUUAAUGCGACGGAGCACUCGUGCGUGGUGGUCAUAUCAACAAGAAAGAAGAGAAGUGAACUAUCAGAAGGAGGCUUCCCGUGGGACAACAGAAUUGGCCCUCAGCCUGGAGUUGGGUCGAAAUGA